UUUAGAUUGGAGCAUUCUAUGGUACGUGCCUCGAUUUAUCAAAGCAAUUAACCACAGCAAAUCGGCCUCCACUGCAAAUUUUCGAUUUUGAGGAUAAUAUCAUACUAAAAAGUUACAAUUUCAAAGUAAAUAGCACAAUGGCAACUGUGGCAACAAUACCUAGUUAUAACAGACAGCAAAGUACUGAUUCUGGUUGGGAUAACCCUUUUAGGCCUGGAGGAGAUUUAUCCCGAGAAGCUGAUGAAAUAGUUAAUAUGAUUAGAGGCGGUAAACCUAUAACACCAACAGAGGAAGAAAACUUUUUAAAGAAUGGAAAUCGAAAACUUCCGGAUAACUGCAAUAGCCCUCUUAUAGAAUCUGAUGUAAGUCAAUUAAAUAUAACAAAAAAUCAGUCAGUUCACAACGGCACAACGGCUAUCGAGCAAUCUUUUACUAUAAUGGCAAAAACACCGUUAUCCACGGAAGGAAAUGGAUCAUCCCUAACUCAACUCUCAAAAAAAGUGGUACCUGGCCCGAUUUCUGCAAGUCACAUAACAAUCGAUGACAAAAAAAAUGGAAAUAAAGGGUGCUGUUCAGUGCAAUAAGUACACCCUGGAUUCCCUUUAAUAACUUUAAUGUAUUGCACUUGUUGAAUAGAUAUUAAUAUAUUUCAGAAAAGCUAAAAUAAUUUAGCGACACAAGCAGUAUGUUUUUAAAAUUACAUCACAAUUUGUAAGAGUUAAUCAAUAUUGUUUGCAACCAAACUUUUAUCAAUAUGAAUAUUCCUUAAAAACAAAUUUAAAAUCUUUUUUAGUUAUGUAAAUAUCAUAUAUUAUGCUAUGUGGUUUAUCUCAAAUAAAUAAUAAACACCUAACUGCUUACA